AUGUCUCCUGUUGUCACCGCUCUGUCCCUGGCGCUUGUAGUAAUAAACAUCAAGGCCGGAACACCCGACUCGAGCUUGUGUAGUAGUAUAUGGCUGACAGUUGCCGACCAUCAUGCAAGACCCCCACCCGAGACAUAUGUACUCUCUUCAGAAACCUAUACAUUGGCUGCUCUUCCUGGUCAAACUUUCGGCCUAAUCCCGCCCAAUCCUCCUAUCACAAAUCUACCUGGCCCUAUACCAUCAUACCCUAACUUUUGGAAUCCAACUGUGGUGAUAAUACCACCGAUUGUUACUACACCAUCACUAAUCAUCCCUACCUUACCACCAAUCCUCCAAUCACUACUGAUUAGCAAAACUCCGACUUCACCAAAUCCUCUUCCUACUAUACAUCCAACGACACCAGUUCCGCCUUAUGACAGGACUACAACUCAACUAGCAGGGACUAGGGUGUCAACACAGGAACCCCAGCUUGCACAGACUUCAAGCUUCCCAGACCCCGUCUCUUGUUUCGGUAAUAUUUGUCCAGCCGGAGAAUGCUGCAGUCAGUAUAACUACUGUGGGACGACUUCAGAUUUCUGCGGGAUAGGUUGUCAGCCGGAAGGUGGAAUUUGCUGGUCUCCAAUACAGUCCAGCUCUUUGCUAGCACCAUUGCCUGCACUGACAUCAACUACUCCAACUGCUUCUCCAGUACCGCCUGGAAAUGCGGCUUGUGAUGAGUGGGCUGCACCUGACGCUGGUGUGUGCUCGAUACCGGAUCAAUCCACUCCUCUCGCCAAUACUCCUGCGCCUUCACCAUCACCAAUCGUCUCUAAAGUUCCUCCACCAAUAGACAUGACGAGCACUAUAAUCGUUCCAUCAUCUACACCCAGUCCAAGCCCUAUUCCUAGGCCCGACUACCUGAACUGUGACGCAUCAUACACCACACCUCAAAGCGGAACUUGGCACGAGAUAUUCUUUGGUAAAGGCGUGACGGAAAGUCCAGUAAAUCCAGGAAAUCCCAACAACACUCCUCCUGUUAUAGGCAGCGGAUAUUCCAUGGACUUGCAGACUAGCAUAACGUAUGCUUGUUUGGUCGUCGAAUACUGUCUUGAAUUUGGAUAUGCAAACAUUCUAGAGAGUAUUGACCUGCAUCUUGUGGAAGUCUCAGGUGAUACAGUAUACUGGGAAUGUGUCGGAUAUCCGAAAAACGUUGGGAGUGGAAACUAUUUCACGGUUUCGAAUUCUUCGGUUCUGGUGACUUAUGGGUAUGAUCUUACCUUACCAGUUGCAUCGAGUGCCGCCGUGGAUAUCAUACCUGCAACAAGCACACAAGCUCCACCACUUUAUCUUCCCAGUAGCACCGCCUUAGGCCCUUCUCCCACACCAUGCAUCGCUCCGACUGCACUCGCUUAUCACAACUGCGCUUCCACAUUUACACCAUCGAACGACGAAGGCAACAGUUGGAAUCAAGUAUUCUAUGGUUCCUGUGCGACGGAAGAUCCGAAUAAUCCUGGCAACUCUGAUGCAGGCGUGUAUCCCCCCCUCACACAGGAAUAUGCCCCCGGACCUAUUGCGUUGAUGCAAGAUGUUAGCUGUAGCAUUCUCGAUGAUUGCACUAAUUGGGCUUAUGGGCAGUAUUACGAAAACAUCGACUUGCAUCUUUUGCAAGAUUCGCCAAGUGAAGCACACUGGGGGUGCGUGGCCUAUUACAGCAAGGCCCAGGGGAAUUAUUUUGAUGUUCAGAAUGCGAAUGUUCUACUGGCUUUUGGCUAUGAUUUUGUGUUCAGUGGAUAG